AUGAAAAAUAAACAGGAAAUUUCAAAUUGCAUCAAAGAGCUUCAGCUCUCAAAACAGUCAAUUGUCAGAAGGGCUGAAAGCAUUUCUGAAAAUCUUCUUUCGCAGUUAAAAAAGGAUCUUUACGCAUGUUCGUGUUUUUCUCUACAGUUUGACGAAUCAAACGAUGCUAUUGAUAUCGCCCAACUAUGUGUAUUUUCCCGUUUAAUCUUCCAUGAUCUAACUGUCAAGGAAGAGUUAUUUGCUAUUAUACCUAUGAAAAAAAGAACAACUGGUGAAAAUAUUUAUAAUUCUUUCAAAACGUUUUUGUUAUCAUUCGAAUUAUUACCGUUAAUGAAGAAACUUGUAUUCAUAACAACAGAUGGAGCCCCUGCAAUGAUUGGGAAUCAAAAUGGAUUUAUUGCAUUUUGUCGGAAAGAUGAACAUUUUCCGAAAUUUUUAUCAUAUCAUUGCAUCAUUCACCAACAUGCAUUAUGUGGGAAAAUGUUAAAUUUCAACUAUGUUAUGGAGACAACAGUUAAAAUUAUUAAUUCCAUCCGAGCCAAGCCCCUACAAAGAAGAUUAUUUCGACUUUUUUUAGAACAAGUCGAUGCAAUCUAUGGCGAUCUACCUUUACAUUGUGACAUAAGAUGGUUAAGCAAGGGAUUAAUUCUCAGUCGUUUCAGAGAAUUAUUAUCAUACAUUAAAGAAUUUUCUAAAGAAUUUAGCAAGAUUUUUGACGUUGAUCGAAGAAAAAGUCAAAUAGAAAUUAUAAAUCUAAAAAAUGACAUCACUUUAAAAUUACAUUCAAAUGUCAACAUGUGGAAAUUUAUGUCUCAGGAAAAAUAUCCAAUUUUGAUUGAUUCGUAUCAACGAAUUCUUUCAUGCUUUGGAAGCACAUAUUUAUCCGAAACAUCAUUUUCAAGUAUGAAAAUGAUAAAAUCUCAAUACAGGACACGUUUAACGGAUGACCAUCUUGGGGAUUGCAUGAGAAUAGCAAUAAGCUUAUACGAGCCAGAAUUUGAAAUAAUCGCAAGUGAAUUACAAUGCCAAAAAUCGCAUUAA